AUGAGUAUACUUUUAGCAAUGAUAUCUGGUAUAAUUCAACCUCUUGAAAAUAUUAUAUUGGGAAAUUAUUUUGAGGCAUAUUUAUAUGGUUACAAAUAUUUUCCAGAAUUAAAAAAUUCAUCUAAUGUUAUUGUUAUUGAAGAAAUGGCACAUAAAGAUGCCUAUAAACAUGCUAUAUUAUCUUUUAUGGUUCUUAUAACAUUAUUUUUAUCGGCAAUAUGUAAUAGUACUUUAAUUGAGAGACAAGUAAAAAUUAUGAAACAAUUAUAUUUCAAGAGUGUUCUUAGACAAGAUAUGACAUGGUUUGAAAAAAAUCCACCAGGUGAAAUAGCUUCAUCAUUAUCAACAAUAUUUGAUAAAAUUCGUAGUGGACUAAAUUUAAAAUUAACUUUAUUUGUAUCAAGUACCACUUAUGUCAUAACAUCAAUUAUAAUAUCAUUUUAUUAUCAAAAAAAUAUUGGUAUUGCUAUGCUUAUAAGUACUUGUUUUACAAUUUUACCACUUUUUUUUGGUGUUCAUUUACAUAACAAAUUUGAAAAGAAAGAAUUUUUAUAUAGUUUAUCGAUAGGAGCAUUAGUUGAGGAAGUUUUAAGUAGCAUAAAAACAGUAAUAAGUUUUAAUGGACAGUUAUUUGAGAUAAAAAGAUAUUCGAUUGCUGUAGAAAAAUUGUUAGAAGCUUCAAAAAAAAAAUUAUGCUUUCUGACGGCAACUUGUUGUUCUUUUUAUUUUUUAAUAUAUUCACAAAAUGCAAUUUAUAUUUAUCUUUCUUAUGAAUUGAUUAAACAUAAGUUUUUUAAAUUUGGUUCAUUAAUUUGUAUUUUAUUUUGUUCAAAUGGAUCUGCAUUUCGACUUCAAGAAUUAACUUAUCAAUUUCUUAAAUUUAAAGAAGCCUUAUCUCUUAUAAUUAAUGUUUUAAAAGUAGUUGAUACAAUACCAGAAAUUGAUAGUUUAAAUAUGAAAGGAGAAACAAUUGAUAAUGUUACUGGAGAUAUUUCUUUUGAAAAUGUUUCAUUUUCUUAUAUCUCUAGAUUAAAUGAAUUGGCAAUUGAUAAUUUAUCUUUUAAAAUAAGUGCAGGUGAAUCUUGUGCAAUUGUUGGAAAAUCAGGUAGUGGUAAAAGUACAAUAAUUAAUUUAUUGAUGAGAUUUUAUCAAUUAAAAUCUGGUGAAAUAUUAAUUGAUGGAAAAUCUCAUGAAAAUUUAAAUAUAAAUUGGCUUAGAGGAAUUAUUUCAGUUGUUUCUCAAGAACCUGUCUUAUUUACUGGAACAAUAAAAGAAAAUAUUUUGAUGGGAAAUUUAAAUGCAACUGAUGAUGAAAUAUACCAAGCUUGUAAAAUUGCUCAUGCUGAAGAAUUUAUUAAUGAACUUCCUGAAAAGUAUGAUACAUAUAUUGGUGAGGGGCGAUUGAAAAUGUCUGGUGGGCAAAAACAAAGAAUUGCAAUUGCAAGAGCUUUAGUAAGAAAUCCAAAAAUUUUGAUUUUAGAUGAAGCAACAAGUGCAUUAGAUGCUUCUAGUGAAAAGAAUGUUCAAAAAGCUUUAAAUGAGGCAUGUAAAGGUCGAACGACAUUAGCCGUUAGUCAUAAAUUAUCUUCUAUAAAAAAUUAUGACAAAAUUAUUGUUCUGGCUCAUGGAAAAAUUGUCGAAUGUGGAAACCAUGAAGAACUAAUGAUAAAAAAAGGUGAAUAUUAUAAGCUUUAUAUGUGUGAGCUGAAAGGAAUUAAAAAUAAAAAGAAGAAAAUUGCAAAAGAAAGUCAGGAUAAAAAUAAUAGUUGUGAAUUAAAUGAAAAUUCUAUGAUAGUACCUGCAAAAAAACAGAAAUCUUUUAUUGACAAUAUUGUUAGUAAAUGUAUGCUUCCACUUGAUCCUAAUAAAGUUUUUAAAAAAUUAACUGGUAUAAAAACAAAAGGUGAUAAAAGUAUUUCAUCAAAAGAUUCAACUUCCAUGGAUUCUAUUAUUCAAGAAAGUUUAGACACUUUAAUAAAAGAUCAAAGUAAACCAGAAAAAGUUAUUGAAAAAAAAACAAGUCUUUUAGAAAUAAUCAAAUUUUCAAAAAAUGAAAAAAAACGUUUUUUAAUUGGAAUUAUAUUUAUAUUUUUAAAAGCUUUAUAUUAUCCAAUAUCAGUAUUAAUUAUGGGAUAUACUUUAAAAAUAUUUGCCUUAUCUUUUGAUAAUGAAAUAACAAAAAGAAAACUUAUUUUUGCUAUAAUUUUUGUUAUCUUAUCAUCAUUUGGUAAUACAUUAAUUUAUGCUAUUUGUAGUUAUUUAGUUGGAUUAACAGGAAUUAGAGUUGGUAGAAAUGUUAGACUUGCUGCAUAUACAAAUAUAAUGAGACAAGAUAUGACAUUUUUUGAUAACAAAUUAAAUGGUUUAGGAGCAUUAACUAAAACACUUUCCUCAGAUGCAUUACAUUUUUCACAGGGAAUUGAUUUAACUUGUAUUGAUGGAUUAUCUGGAAUUUUUACAAUUAUUAUAUCAAUAUUUUUUACAUUAAAUUCAAAUACAAUUCUUGGAUUAACAGCUAUUUCAUUAAUUUUAUCAGCUGCUUUAAUAAGUUAUACACUUGUUAUUAUAACUCAUUCAAUUUUACAUAAAAGUGAUUAUUAUGAAAAAAGAUCAAUUAAUAUUGGAUUAGAAUGUGUUAAUAAUGUAAAAACAAUACAAUGUUUAUCAAUUAUUAAUGAAAUGUCAGAAAAAUUUUCUGAUUCAUUAAAUAAAAUUUAUAAAUAUAAAGUAAAAUCAGGAAUAUUAUAUGCAUCAUCAUUUUCAUUAGGAUAUAGUUCAAUUAUUCAGGCUAAUGCUUUGGCAUUUGGUGCUGGAUCAAAGCUUAUAACAAAAGGUUUUGCCACACCAUAUGAUAUUGUAAUGGGAUCACAAUAUAUUAAUUAUAUAUCAUUUUCUUUUUGUUUAAUUAAUCCAUAUAUAGCUGAUUAUAUACCAUUUAGAGUUGCAGCAACAAAAUUAUUUAAAAUUAUUAAAACAAUACCAAAAUUUGAUAAUCUUUCAAAUAAAGGAAAAACUACACCAAUAUUAGGAAAAAUAAAAAUGAAAUCAGGAUAUUUUUCAUAUCCUCAUAUACCUAAUCAUUUAGUAUUAAAAGAUAUGACUUUUAAGGUUAAUUUUGGUGAAUCAUUAACAUUUGUUGGUUUAUCUGGUAGUGGUAAAAGUACAACAAUGCAAGUAAUAGAACGUUUAUAUGAUUUAUUAGAUGGAAUUUUAGAAAUUGAUGAUGUUAAUGUUAAAGAUUAUAAUAUAAGACAUUACAGGAAUGCUGUAAGUGUUGUUAGUCAAGAACCAAAUCUUUUUGAUUUAUCUAUCAAAGAAAAUAUUUGUUAUGGAAUAGAAAAUGUUUCUGAUGAAGAGUUGCAUAAAGCAGCAACUAUUGCUAAUGUUCAUGAUUUUAUUGAAAAUCUUCCUAAAAAAUAUGAUACUCCUGUUGGAAUAAAGGGAAGAAAUUUUUCUGGUGGUGAAAAACAACGUAUUGCAAUUGCUAGAGCAUUAGUUAGAAAACCAAAUAUUUUAUUAUUAGAUGAAGCAACAAGUGCAUUAGAUAAUGUAAAUUCAAUAGAUGUUGAAGAAGCAUUAAAAAAAGCUAAAGUUGGAAGAACAUGUAUAACUAUAUGUCAUAAACUUAAUUCUGCUAUCAAUUCCACUUUUAUUGCAUAUGUUGAAAAUGGAAAAAUUUUAGAAUUUGGAAAUCAUGAAAAAUUAAUGGAAAAACAAGGAUUAUAUUAUAUGCUUGUUCAACAACAACAAUUAGAUUAA